AUGGCGACACGGUGGCGGCUCUGUGUGUGCAGCCUGGGGAUCCUCCUCCUGGCGCCGUGUUCUCUAUCUGAGGAGUUCUCCCUGGCUGGCUCCCUGCACCCUGUGGUGGAGGUAGUUGGCCAGGAUGUGGUGUUACCCUGCCAGCUCUCACCCCAAGCUGGGCUGCCCAGCAUGGACGUGCAGUGGAGGAAAGCUGGGCCAGGAUUUAUUCUGGUUCAUGAGUACAUGCAUGAGGAUACCCAGGACCUGCCGGGGGAGGGUUACCAGACCCGGACAUCACUGUUCCUGCAGGAGUUCAGCAGCGGGAACGUCUCACUGAAGCUGAAACAGGUCCAAGUGGCAGACACUGGGACAUACCAUUGCUUUGUAAGGAACCCACAGUGGACCCUGGAAGCCACCACUGAGUUACAGGUUGCAGCUGUGGCUCCAGUGUUCAUUGACGUGCUGGGCCCCCGGGGUCAGGGGAUCGGGCUGGCCUGUAGAUCUGCAGGCUGGUUCCCCAAACCUGAACUCCGGUGGAUUGGAAAGAACUGGCAGAACCUGGCAAUGGAGAUUGUGACCAACAUGACUCAGAACGUGGAGAACCUGUAUAGUGUUGUGAGUCACGUCACUGUCACAGAAGGGGAAGACAAUGGAGACAUCAGCUGCAUAGUGCGGAAUGGCCUGCUGGAGACCGAGAGGCAAUCGGCCAUUCACCUCUCAGGUGACAUCUUCCCCCGUGUUUCUCCCUGGCUGGCUGCAUUCUGGGUGAUGUUCACUCUGGUUCUCAUUGCUGCUGGCACUUGUGCAUAUCUUGGAUACACAGCGAAGCGAAAGGCCUCUCAGAAGAAACGCUCUAAAGAAGAAGCUCUGUUAAAUCUUGAGACUGAGAAGAAGACCUGGGAAGCAGAGCGCCAGGAGCUGCAUAAGACCAUUGCAUCUAAGGAAAAGAAGAUCAAGGAACUGGAACAAGCAUCUCAGAAGAAGGGUUGGUUCGGUUAAUGUCCCUGCAGGAGCUCCACUCCAGAUUUCAGGAGGGCUCGGAGCUACAUGGUCCGCAUCAUCCUGGAGCCACUUUGGAAACACCCUGAAAUCACCGUCUCUGGAGAUGGCAGAAGAGUCCAACAUGACCCCCAAUCUCCAUGGCCCUCUGGCCUAUCUGGAGCCCUGAUAGCCCUGGGGAAGGAGGGGUUUGUGUCCAGGAAUCAUUAUGCUUUAGGCCUUGUCUACACUGCCACUUUACAGCGCUGAAACGUUCUCGCUCAGGAGUGUGGAACACCAUCACCACCCCCCGCACCACAAGUUUCAGCGCUGUAAAGCGUCAGUGUAGACAGUGCACAAGCGCUGGGAGCUAUGCCCCUCCUGGGGUUGUUUUUUUUACUGCGCUGGGGGACCUCUCUCCUAGAGCUGGUACCACAACUACACAGCCACAUUAAAGUGCUGCUGCGGCAGAACUUUAACAUUGCUAGUGAAGACAUAUCUUUAAAGAUGGCGUUUGCAGGGAUACUGGGAGGUGGAGGUGGGAAACACACUGGACUGGGAGCUGGGGGUGCUGAGUGAG